AGUGUCGUUCCUGCGUGACGUUCUUAGAACGUACAGAAGUUUUAUUAAAGCCAGAAUUCAUCUUAACAGUUUAGAUAGCAUCAUUAAAGUCGCAGUGAUAAUUGCAACCAGCCAUUGAAAACACAUCUUUUAAUACGAUGUACAAAGACAUAAACUGUCCUGUGGGAAACAUGGUGUUCAGGAAGAUGUGAGUGAGAUGUGCAGCAUGUGCAGUGAUGCUUCAGGAACCUUCAUAUGUUGUUGUCUUUGUCUGACAGAAGAGCUGUAGUACUGAACCUUACAACGGGACAACGCAUUAAAGAACUAAUGUUUCUCUUUGUUUAACAUGGCAUCGAACGACUUGGUUGCGGAGAGGGAAAAAAUCCAGAGGCAGAUUUUGGCUCUUGAGAAUACUCUUGGAGUGGACAGUAGCAUUGCAGAACUACUGUCAUCUGACAGCAACAGUGAUGAUGAUGACAGUGGACCUACAGUUGAUGGAGUGCCAAGUGGUGACUUGGAAGCAGAACGUCAGCGGAUUCAGAGGGAGAUUGAGGAUUUAGAGAAUACACUUGGCACUAAUGCAGCACUAGUUGACAUUUUGACAGAGAGUGAACACGGCUCUGGUUCUAGUGACGAGGACAGUGAUGAUGACGAGUUGGAUCUUCCUCAAAAUGUGGAGACCUGCCUGCAGAUGAAUUUGGUUUAUCAGGAAGUGCUGAAAGAAAAAUUAGCCGAGCUGGAGCGACUUCUAAAUGAUAAUCAGCAGGAGCAGAAACAGAUUGAGGCCCAGCUUUCUGGUCCAACCACUUCUAACUCCACCAACCCUACACUACCACCUCAGAAACACUUUCUGGGAUACUUCAUGAAGCCUUAUUUCAAAGACAAACUCACUGGUCUGGGCCCUCCAGCCAAUGAAGAGACGAAAGAGAGGUUGAGUCAUGGUACCAGACUCUUUGAUGAGCUGAAAAUAAAAAGAUGGGAAGGUUGGCAGAAGGCUUUGCUGAUCAACGGGGUGAUCACAGACACUAUGAAACGCAUGUUACAGCCCAAACUAUCUAAGCUAGACUACCUGAGUGCCAAGAUGUCUAAAGCCACGGAUGAGGAAAAAAAAGAGAUGAAAAAACAAGUAGAAUUAAUUGAGAAGGACAUUUCAGAAAUCAGUGCAAUGAAAGAGGACCAGCUGAUGGGUGAACUGCAUGAUGAUCAUGACUGGGAGAAAAUAUCGAACAUUGACUUUGAAGGUUUGCGACAGGCUGAGGAUUUGAAAAGGUUCUGGCAAAACUAUCUGCACCCCUCCAUUAACAAGUCAGUGUGGAAGAAGGAUGAGAUUGAUAAACUGAGCAAAGUUGCACAAGAGUACAAAUGCUGCCAUUGGGACAAGAUCGCAGAGGCUCUUGGGACCAACAGAACUGCCUUUAUGUGCUUCCAGACUUACCAGCGCUACAUUUCAAAGACUUUCAAAAGGAAAGGGUGGACUAAAGAAGAAGACGAGAUCCUAAAAGAUCUCAUUAAAAAAAUGAAAAUCGGAAACUUUAUUCCAUAUAUGCAGAUGUCAUACUUCAUGGUGGGCCGUGAUGCAUCACAGCUGGCAUACCGCUGGAAUUCUGUUCUCGAUCCCUCUAUAAAGAAAGGCCCUUGGUCCAAAGAAGAGGAUGAGUUGUUGCGGAAGGCUGUUGCAAAGUAUGGCAUCACAGAAUGGUGGAAAAUCAAAGCAGAGGUUCCAGGCAGGACGGAUGGCGCAUGCCGUGACAGAUAUUUGGAUUGUCUUCGAGAGAAUGUGAAAAAGGGUCCUUGGACUAAGGAGGAGAUUGAGCUGCUAAAACAAAAAGUUGAGAAAUACGGUGUUGGCAAGUGGAGUAAGAUUGCUUCAGAGAUCCCAAACCGGCUUGACUGCCAGUGUCUUUACAAGUGGAGAAAACUGACUCAAUUUAGAAAAGGCACAAAGAGAGUACAAAAGAAUGUGCCUGUACAACAAAAAGCAAAGAGACGAAAAUUGAUGAGAAAGAACAUUAAAGAGGAGAUCGAAAUCACCUCAGGCUCUGAGGAAGAAGAACAAAUGAAGAUAGAAUACAUGGACAGCGAUGCUGAACCAUCCUUAGGAGAUGAACCAGAUGAACCAGAUGUUCCCCCAGACAAAGAUUUAAGUCCAGAAAUACAACCAAAGGACUAUGUACAGCCAGACAUGAAGGAAUGGAUUCCUGUAAAUGCAAGGCCAAUGGUUCGUGAUGCAGGAACUGUUAGGACUGUGUGGGUGAGCCUACCCACCAAUGAGGAUGAGCAAAAGAAAUCCACUAAAGAAUCUACCCUGGGCCGCAUCCGAUCAGAGAACAGCGUCUGUCCACCAAUGAGACCCUGUCUUGUGCGCAACACCAUCCUGAAUCGUUUUGGAAACAUGGAAAGGACUUAUGUGGGUCUGGAUCCUAUUGUCUUGCAGAGGCCGGCUGAUGAUGAGAAUUCCAUGAUAAAGGUGCCUAUUAGUGAUAUUAGACACUUUUUACAGAGGAAGGAAACAUCUGCAAUGAAAAAGGAGAAAAGGAAAACUCCAGGAGAUAAAAAGAAAAGAAGGCAGGUCCAGGACUGGUCCAGCCUUAACAAUGAUCUCCUUAAAGCUAUCAGCCCAUGGAUUGGUAAUGUGAUACUGCCUGUGCCAGCAAAUGAAAAGAAAUUUUGCGAAGCUGAUAUUGUUGGAGGAAGAGCAGCAAACAUCACCCUCACAAAGACAGCAGUGUUUUCAUUUUUUGUCAAAACUCUCCACAUGGAUACCGAAGGUUGCAAAAAUGUAAUUAAAGUUUGCAAAAAGAAAGGACCCAAGAUGCAAAAUGCUGAACAUAUACCCAAAAAAGCUCCUCCUAACACAGUCUCAGCAAUGCUUCAGGAGAGUAAACUCAGGAAAGCUGAGCAAAAAGAACCAGCAGGACCCCCUCAACCUCCAACUCCUUUGCAGCCGGUUCAUGUUCUUAACCAUGCCCAGCAACCUGUCUGGCAGAUGACACCCACUUUGGUUCAACCCAACACUCUUGUCAUAACGCAGCCAAACAUGCAGGGGGCAGUGCAGCCUUUACUGCUUAAUGUACUACCACGAACACCACCACAAAUUCCUACUCUAAUACAAUUGACAGCACCAGUACAACCGACCUCAACCUUCAGCCCAACAUCCAAAUCACCAUCCACAGAGAGCAUAAAAAUAGUUAGAAAGACAAGACGCCCCCGCAAACCAACAGAGAAAUUUCAAGCCCUAAUGGAACAGACUAAAACUAACGUUUGCAAGAAAGACAAGGGCAAACAGAGUGUUGUUGUUCCAACCAGUGCAGUACAGAGGCAGAUAAAGUGGAUUCUUACCCCCACUGGGUUUGUACCAGUGACUGGAAUGCUGUCUGCUAAUAUCCCCGACAACCAGACCCUGAACAUGCCAAACACCUCCCUGCUCAAUUACACUACCUUGCGAUGUAUCUCAACCAGUCCAAACCCAUCAUCAUCUGCCCUCGUUCUCCCUGCUUCCUCUUGUAUUUCUGCCUCAAAUGCCUCCAGAGAUCCCCCAAUGCCUCCUCCUUCUAUAAACAUUACCUCCACAGGUAAUGGUUUAGCCAUCCAAAUACCUCCUAAUACCUUAGUACAGAACCAGAGUAUGCCAAACACUACCCCCCAGAUGUCAUCCCAAGCACCCAUCAUAGUGGACCAGAAAGGUUCCUUUGCACACACUGAAGCUAGUCAACCAAGAGUCUCUAUAGAAAACUCAUCAGAGUCUGUUUUAGAUUUGUCUGUUUCAUCCUCUAAAGAAACCACUGCAAGGCUAAAUCUAUCUUAUUGUCCUCCAAUGGGUCCCAGUGUGUCUUCUGCUGUCACAAAUGUUCUCAGUGUCCUUCCGUCUCCCACAGUCUUGAGUAAACCAACUUUGGUUAGCGGACCAGUUGUAUGCAAGCCAACCGAUAAAGUCACAGUGGCUAAGCCUCAAGGUGUUGCUAAAAAUGCUUGUGUUCCUAUAACAGCUAUUCAACAGCCAACCAUCAUCCAAAACCAAGGUUUGCCGAUCACAAUUGUACAACCUAAUUUUCCACAUUCUUCUAAUACGACUCUCCUCCAACCUCUGUCCUCUUCAUCUACAGUUGUAGUUCCAUCAAAAGUACCUCAAAUCACAAAACCAAGUCAACAGUUAAUUCCUAAUCCUGUUCUCCCCUCUAAGAGUUUGAGUUUUGAUCCUAAUUUAGUAUUUCCUGAUCAUUCAACUGAAGUAGAUGACUGGAUGAAUGGGAAAGGAGGUAUUCCACUACCUCAUUUAGAGGUCACUUUGCCAUACCUCCCACCAUCUGUUGCCAGCAUCAAAACACUGACCUCUUUGCUCAAGGUGAAACAAUCUUUAAUUGCAAAUGCAGCCAAAAUCCUACCACAAGAGUAUCAAACUGAGAAAGAGGAGGAAGCUCAAGUAUCUGCCAUCCGCAAACUGGUGGCUGAAAGAUUUGCCACAAAUCCAGCAUACCAGCUUUGUAAGGCUCGUUUCUUGUCGUGCUUUACAUUACCUGCCCUAUUGGCCACCAUAAACCCAUAUGAGGAAUGUGAACUGCCUGAUGAAGAUGAAGCUGAGGAAAUGCAUUUACAAAAGAAUGGAGAGAAUGAUCAGCCACCAGCUGCAAGGGCUGAACUCAACACAAAUGAAAACGAGGCAUCAGCAGCACAGUUCUCAGGAAUCAGUACAAAAAAGCAAAGACGGCGACGUCCAGUUAAAUAAGAUUUAUCACUUGUUCAUACUCCGUUACAGAGAAUGGAUUACCAAUAGCCACAGAUUCUGUUAAAUUUGUGAAUAUUAAUUUAGAAUUUUUUCAGCAUUUUAUCAUAGAAUUUUGAGGGACCAGUUAGAUUGUUUUCAUUGCAUUGAAUUCCGAGAGUUCUUUUAUACAAUGCAGAUAUUUUGUUAAGAAAUUCCAAAAUAUGUUCUGGCAGUGUUCUGAAAAUAAUAAGGUUAGAGAUUUUGCACUUGACUGUUGUUAAAUUAUUCCAAAAUUAUUGUGUAUAUGACAGUUUUGUUGCUGUUAUCUUUGUUUAGUUGAAUAAAGUUUACUAUAGAAGUGUUCCUUUUAUUUGUAUUAUGAAAUUUUUCUAAAGCUUUUAUAUUAGGUCAUAGUUGUAAUCCUACAAGAGAAUGCAAAAAUCUUAAUUUCAUAAUACAUGUAUGGUACACUGAAUGCCAAAAUACUGGAUAUUAUUGGUAAUUUGCCAGGUAUUUAGUUGUAGAUCCGCUUAAGGUUCCAUGAAUUGUCUUAGAAAACGUGUUAAGGGGUUACACUGAAAUAAACGUUGGGUUUCUUUCUUUGUAUCAAUUGUUGGCCCAUAAAAUUAAUAAUUGGGUAAUUGGUGAAGAUUUAAGAU